GCGCCGUGGAACGCCGAGUAACCACCUUUGUGCCGCGGUCGCGGAGCCGCGGAGUUCGCCCGUCCACGCCCCAGGUGGGUAGCCGUCCGCGUCCCGCCCAUGCUACGGUCCCCAGCCAUGGCCCUCGCCAUCCGAGUCGUUUAUUGUGGCGCUUGAGGGUACAAGUCCAAGUAUCUUCAGCUCAAGAAGAAGUUAGAAGAUGAGUUCCCCGGAUGCCUGGACAUCUGCGGCGAGGGGACUCCCCAGGCCACCGGCUUCUUUGAAGUGAUGGUAGCCGGGAAGUUGGUUCACUCCAAGAAGAGAGGUGAUGGCUACGUGGACACAGAGAGCAAGUUUCUGAAGCUGGUGGCCGCCAUCAAGGCCGCCUUGGCUCAGGGCUAAUGUGCCCUGAAGGCAGAGUCCAGUGACCUUGGCCCAGCCCCUCGUGGCAGACGCUUCAUGACGGGAAGGACUGAAAUGUCUCAUGGACGCCUGGUCUUUCCCUGAUGUCCCUGCGGCCGCUGAGUGGGGGCAGAGACUGAUGCCACUGGUCCUUGCCUGUGUGUGUGCGCGCGUGUGUGCCCCCCAGCCCCCCGGAGUGUAGCCCUGCACCCUGCCUGCCUUGCUCCUUCCUCUUCCCCCCACCGCCUUUUCCCAUCUCCCCACAUCCCCCAGCCCCCUGACUACUCUCUGGCAUUUGGGGUGGUCCUGCUCCUGGCUUCCUUCUCAGGGUGGCCAAGAGAGGGAUCCGGGUGAGUGAGUUGCAGAGUUCAGCAGGAUUGACAGCAGUUCACUAUUCAAUAAACAUUGGAAGAGCUUAACA